AUCAGCACAUCCUUCUUUGCUAGAAGAUCCCAAGCUGUCACCAAAAUCAUUUUCCAGUGGUGUUUGGCAACCGAAUUCGGAGAAGAUGGUGGCUCCAUCUAUUGUAAAACGACGCGAACUAAGUUUAGAGCCUUAUUAACUGCAAUAAUUUCCCUCCGAGCCGAACACCGCGCAAUGCGAUAAAUCGCACCUCUUAUCGUGUGUCGAUUUAUCUUAUCUUAAGCCGUUUAAAACGAACUUGACGCUCUUUCCAUUGUAUUGCAAAUGCACAGGUGCCGCUCUCGGUACGGACGCCCAAUUUCAGUGUGAAAGUCAGAAUGAAAAGUUCUUUAACUGUGCCCGAGUACGUGCGCGAUGCGCUAAGCAGCGUGGCACAGAAGCUAAACUUCACCAACGAUCAACAUUCGGUGGACUAUGAUUUUCGUGCGAGCGAAAACAACCGUUCGGUGGUGUCCGUUUUCUAUCGGGUGACGUUCCGUGAGGAACCGCGUGAAGUUACCGUACUGUGCAAGGUACCGCCGCCCGGUGCUGACGAUACCCUGCUAGCGCUGUUUGAGCGUGAAGUGUUCGUGUACGGGAAGCUGCUGCCUGCGUUCGAACAGUUUCAGCGCAGUGCUGUGCAGGGUGCGACACCCAGCACAACGCCAUCGGCCGCGGAGGAGGAGGAGGUGGUAUCCUUUGGACCGCUGUGCUAUCAUGCGCACUGUGACGCAAAGAAGGGUGAAGGAAUCAUUGUGCUGGAGGAUGUGCAGAGGCGUGGAUUCACCAACCGGCACAAGUUCGAGCCCAUGGAGUAUGAGCACGCUCGGCUUGCGAUGGUACAGUUGGGUCGAUUCCAUGCGAUUUCGCUGGCGCUCAAGAAGCAGCAGCCAGAACUGUUCGAGCAGUAUCGGCACAUGGGGGACGUAACCGGCGAACGCGUGCUGGCGAUGGAAGGGUUCGCACAGGCGAUGGAACAAGCAUUCGCCAGUGCAUCCGCCACACUAAGCCCGGGCGAUGCAGGGAGGCGCGAAAAGUUGGCCCGGCUUCGUGGAUGCUUUGCCGAGGAGCUGCAGAACAUCAGCGAUACUGCCCUGUCGGAACCGUUCUGUGUGGUAUGUCACGGUGACUAUGCAGGGGACAACAUGAUGUUUUCCUACAACGGAGGCUUUCCCAACCGGAUGGUGUUGCUUGACUGGCAGCUGGCAAAGUACGGAUCUCCGGCACUGGAUUUCGUGCACACCGUCUUCCUAUCGACGGAUGAAGCGUUCCGCCGCAAUCAUUACGACAACAUGCUGCAGACGUACCAUAACGCGCUGAUGAGCCAUCUUGAGCGGCUCGGAGAUGGCAGCGCUACGGAAUGGUUCCCGCUGACGGUGCUGAUGCGACUGACCAAGCUACAGGCCCGACAGGCGCUGGUGCUCGGUAUGCUUCACAUUCCACUGACGGUGGCGAGCGAGGAAGCGGCCAGCGCAGCGGAGGACGCAACUGAUGAGGCUCGUGAGGAUUCUAGCUCGGUGCAGAUAAGCGAUACGAGCGAUGCAAAGUAUCAGACGCGUAUGGCGGGUCUGUUGAAAGAUGUUUUCCGAUUGGGCUUUCUUUGAAAUGAUCGAUUAGACGUUUUCAGUAAUAAAAAUUGCAAAAUAUAAA